GUUUACCCUAUUCAGACAAGACAUGUGACAAAUACACAAUCAACAACAACGUUGUAAACCGGGACUAGCCGUGUCCACUCAUUACAAUCUUUAUAUUCACUACUCUAGCUCACAAUUAAACCUUAUUGUCACCAUUAUUUCCAGCGACCAUUAUGGAAGUUGAGAGAGAUCAACACAUUUCUCCACCAUCUCUUAUGGCCAAGACGAUCCCUAUCAUCGAUCUAAGCAAUCUUGACGAAGAGCUAGUGGCACAUGCGGUGGUGAAAGGGAGUGAAGAGUGGGGCAUUUUUCACGUGGUUAAUCACGGAAUCCCGAUGGAUUUGAUACAGCGGUUGAAGGACGUUGGUACACAGUUCUUCGAGCUCCCGGAGACGGAGAAGAAAGCCGUAGCAAAACAAGAUGGCUCCAAAGACUUCGAAGGUUACACGACGAAUCUCAAGUAUGUAAAAGGUGAGGUUUGGACCGAGAAUCUUUUUCACAGAAUCUGGCCACCGACGUGUAUCAAUUUUGAUUACUGGCCCAAGAAUCCUCCUCAAUACAGGGAAGUGAUUGAGGAGUACACAAAGGAGACUAAGAAGCUAUCCGAGAGGAUUUUAGGGUAUUUAUCAGAGGGAUUAGGGUUACCAAGUGAGGCCUUGAUACAAGGUCUCGGUGGGGAAUCGACCGAGUAUGUAAUGAGGAUCAACAAUUAUCCUCCUGACCCGAAACCUGAUUUGACUCUAGGAGUGCCGGAGCACACUGACAUCAUUGGAAUCACAAUCAUUAUCACCAAUGAAGUUCCAGGGCUUCAGAUUUUCAAGGACGAUCAUUGGUUAGAUGUCCACUACAUUCCCUCCUCUAUAACCGUCAACAUUGGCGAUCAGAUAAUGGUUUGUUAGUCGAAGUUGUAUGAUUUCUUUAAUUAAUGAAAAUGUCUCUAUCAUUUGGUUUUUGAAGUUUUUUCUUUUGGAAUUUGUAAAGGCUGAGCAAUGGAAAGUACAAGAAUGUGUUGCAUAGAGCGAUAGUGGAUAAGGAGAAUCAAAGGAUGUCAUGGCCGGUUUUUGUGGAUGCUAAUCCUGAUGUGGUUAUCGGACCAUUGCCGGAGCUCAUUACCGGCGAUAAUCCAUCAAAGUUCAAGCCUAUUACUUGCAAGGACUUUAAGUACCGUAGGCUCCUCAAACUUCCUAUCGAGUGAACUCAAAUAUAUUAGUUGAGUCUUGUGUGUUUACUACAUAUAUAUUGUGAUAUUGUUAUAUUUUAAGUUAAGGGUGUGUAAAAGAAUUGAUAUACUACUAAAACAAUACCUACACUACAUGCACUCAAAAUAUUCUUAAAAGUAUUUAAGUGCUAUAUUAAUAUUUUGUAUUCAAAUUUCAUCAAAAUAUUUAAAGAAAAUUACAU